AUGGAGCACACCCCGCCGCCCGCCCUCACCAGGUCGCCCUCGUCCCCCGCGAAUACUUACUGCCCCUCCGAGAGGUCCUCGCUUGACUACCCUUCGCCGGGCCUGGUAGAACAGCAGUACAAGAUCUCCACGAUAUACGGGGAUCAGUCCUGCGUGACCCCGCCCAUGGACCCCGAGCUCUCUCUCCCGCCCUUGGACUCGAUGGGCCACCCGGACUGGAACACCACGACCGUCAUCCACCCCAUCUCCUCCGCGUCCAGCAUGCCCAGCAUCCUCUCGGGGGACUACGACACCUUUGGGGGCUACCAGUACAGCCAUGAUGUCUACCAGACACACCCGACGAGCCACCCGCCCUCGAUCCACGCCUCCACGCCUCCGCCGACUGCCUCCGCCCCCAGGUCUCCGGCGCCGAUGAGGACGCCCUACACGCCGGCCACUUCAGUCCCCGCUCCCAUGACUCCGCGGGUCAAGAUGGAGGGCACUUCGGACUACAGCCAGAGCACCGAUGGGUCCCACUACCCUUCGCCGAGAUCAAUCCACACCUCUUACACUUCCGACAAUGGCCCGUACACCGGCAGCACCUCGACCGGGUACCUCUCUGACAGCGGGUCGGCAGCGUGGCACAAGCCCGAGUACCAGCCGAUGGAGCCCGAGCACUUCUACCCGGGGCCGCCGCCGCCGCCGCCGUCGGCUUUUAUGCACGACGCCAGGAGGCAGUACCGGGUGACGCGGCCGAAGAGGGCGCCGCGCCGUCUGACGACCAAGGAGGAGGCCAACUUCCAGUGCGAGGUCAAGGGCUGUGGCAAGCUAUUUAGCCGCAGCUACAACUUCAAGGCGCACAUGGAGACUCACGACGAGAAGCGCGAGUACCCGUUCCCGUGCCAGGUGCCCGACUGCAGCAAGAAGUUCGUCCGCAAGACCGACCUCCAGCGUCACCACCAGAGCGUGCACCUCCGGGAGCGCACGCACAAGUGCGACUUCUGCACUCGCAUGUUUGCGCGCAAAGACACUCUGAGGAGACACAUGGAAGACGGCUGCUCCAAGAGAUUUGAUAUCGGCACCAUGGACCUCCGCGCCGAGGCCGGAUAUGACAACAUGCACGCCAGUGCGCGCUCCAUGGCUCCCAUGGGCCACAUGAUGGCGCCAUCAGGGAGACUUCCGCCCAUUGGCAUCCCUCCGCUCUGCGGCCCCGGCAUGCUCGGCUCCAUGGCCCCUUCUAUGCGCCCCAGGGAAUCCCUCGCGGGGGGUGAUCACUCCCAAGGGCACAGCUGGGGGCGGUGA